GGAGCUCUACAUAUCCUGCAGAUAUGGGCAUGAGAACGAUUUAUUUCAAUAUCACCAUCUAUAAAUAUACGAGACCCACAUAAUGAUGCUCCACUGGAAAGUCGGUUAGUAUUUUAUGCUUAUUAUGACAUUAUUAUGAUUUGCAUGUUACGCAUUUAUAUUAAAUUCUUAUAUUUUUUAAUAAUAUUUUCAGGUGGAGUAAUGCACGACGUAUCACUCAAGUCGUAACACAUGUCUUGAUAGAAAUACGCUAUAAAUUUGACAGAAUGGGUGAUCCAGAGAUGGUAUGGGAGCCAUAUUCCGAUGAACUCCUUGCAUCAUUGCCAUUAUAUUGCACGCAAGGACGUGACAUUUGGAGAGCAGUGGUUCCCUUGAUCUGCUUCCACGUGGUAGAAUGGCAUCAACCUGAUAGAGUGUUGCGUCAAUUCGGGAUGCAACAACCAAUACCACAUCCACCACGCCAGCCAGCUGACCUUCAUAACACAUCUCCAUUAUCAUCCGACAGUAAUUGGAUUACAAUUCAUGCACAUUGGAUUGCCAUUUGGGAAGAUAGAUGGCAAAUGUUGGUUGAAGCAGCACCAUUACAUGAGCCACUACAUUAUCAUUCAGAGUACCUCGAAUGA